ACCACGUCACUCCACAUCCCGCUCGACUGAUUUGAGGAGGACUAGGUGGGCGCCUCUGUUUCGAAUGCGUACUGUUUAUAUCUAUCCUGGAUUAUGCUCAGUAUAAAAUUUACUUUAUUUGUGCACACACUCAAAGGACCAUAAAACGUUACUAACGUUUAUGAGGACACUAAAAUCUACGCUUUGCUACACUCCACGUCAACGAGCCAGCGCGGGUAGCAUUGACCAGAAAGAAGGCACAAUGUCACCAAGCGUGGAUACCGCAGUGACCAGAGUUCUCCCACUCCCCACCCACUUUGCACAUGCGGAACAGUCCUUCUCCUUGAAAAAGCGUCGGCACCCUUUCUGCUCCUCGUCCACGUCCAACUCUUCUGUCUCCACCCCUGAUCAACUGUCGCGUUCUCUGCCGCCGUUGGCGCCGUCAAAGGAGUCUCUCUCUGUGAGCCGCUUCUUCCAGCAAAAAGCGUCCCCCUGGACGCCCCUGUCUUGUUCGCUCAGCCAGUUGGCUCCUCCGGAAUCUGUGUACGACCCCAAAAAGCAGCAGUCGUAUUUCAAUCAGUGCUUCACUAUGCUGGGCCUGCUGGGAAGGGGUUCCUUUGGUGAAGUCUACAAGGUUCAAAAUAACAAGGAUGGCCGCCUGUAUGCUGUCAAACGCUCGCUCAAUCGCUACAGGGGCAACAGUGACAGGAACCGCAAGGUGAGGGAGGCUAGGAACCACGAGCGGGUCUGCCCGCACCCUCACAUCCUCAACUUGGUCGCCGCCUGGGAGGAGUGCGGUCGGCUGUACAUCCAGACGGAACUGUGCCACACCAGUUUGCUGCUCCACGCAGAGAGCCAGACUCCUGGUAAUGAUGAGCGUGGGGCAUGGUGGUACUUGUGCGACCUCCUCUCAGCUCUGGACCACCUGCACUCUCGCAGUUUUGUUCAUAUGGACCUGAAGCCCGCCAAUGUGCUGGUCACGGCCUCCGGGCGCCUCAAACUGGGCGACUUUGGGCUUCUGCUGGAGCUCAACGAGAGCAGCUUGGAGAAAGUGAGAGAAGAUGACCCCGGAGGAGAUCCCAGGUACAUGGCUCCUGAGCUCCUACGGGGGGAGUAUGGACCCGCCGCAGAUGUUUUCAGUUUGGGUGUUUCCAUUCUGGAGCUUGCGUGCAACAUUGAGGUCCCCAAUGGUGGGGAGGGCUGGCAGCAAAUUAGACACGGGCACCUCCCUGAGGUCGCGAGGGGGCUUUCCACCGACCUUCAGAAAGUUCUUCAGAUGAUGCUUUCUCCAGAGCCUUCAGAGAGGCCGACAGUGCCUGAGCUUCUUGCGCUGCCCGCAGUGAGGAAACACAGAUGGAAGAGACACGCUUACCUUAUUUUCACAGAAACCAUGCUGACUUUGGCCUUCUUCUGCCGGGUGGUGGUAGACUUUGGUCGGCGAAUUUUCUCUUCUCUUUACUUGCCGAUCUUCUCUGGCUGGAGCAAGCCGGUGCCCUGCACUCCUCCCAAAGAGAACUGGGACGGGGAAGUAACGCUGCCCCUCCACGCCUUGCACGCUGACAGCUCAGAGGACGACGGGGUGUUCCCGGUGGAAUCCGUGGGACCGGGGAAUUCCCCAAGGUUCUCGGACAGGAUGAAAUCCACACUGAGUUUGAAAAGUACAUCCACUCCUCUCCGAUAUUCUCUGGAUUACGUUGACCGGAGUCCUCACCUGGAUCCAUUUGAGUGGUCCCCAUCCAACGAGGCCCGGGCACCCUCCAACGUCUACUCCAGCGACUGUAACACGUCAUCCACGCACACUUCUUGCACCCCAAGUCCCACUGACCGUCUGGACUCCAGGCAGACCAGACGAUCUUCACAGCGCCGCAAUCGCGACCGAAGCCGUUUGGACGACCAGCCCAGCUUCGGGCCCAAAAACCUGCUGUGUCUCUUUGAGGAAAUUGCCGUGGAGGCAUAGCCGCGACUUGGGAGUCUGACGUUAUUUUAAGACUGCAUUGGACAUCAAACAGAACAAGUUCACUGCUUUGCUGAAUGCACUACUUAUGCCAUUUUUUCAUUACAGAGCUUGUAAAGGAAGGGGAAUCACACUUUAAUGCAUGGUUUGUGUUCCCUUGAGUGCAAUUAUUUGUUGAGUAUUGUUGAAUAUUGAGAUUUAUCGUUUCAUGUGUGCUACUUGAACUGUGUGUUUUCCCCAAAAGAUUAAACCGUUCAUAUUGUU